CAAAUCUCAAAUCUUCCUCGCGGCUGGCUCACCUAGGACCUUUUGGUGCUUUUCUGCAGUAACCAUAGUAACAUCCGCAGCCGCGUAGUGAUGGGUGAACGAAAGAGCCAACCGUCCUCAAAGAGUAACACACAUCGAUCCAAGAUGACUUCAGCAUCUAGCAGGUCGACCGCGACACAGAAUUCAUCUUCCGGAACCGCUAAGAUUGUACAAUGUCCAACGCAGACUCUUCAACGAUUGCGGCGCCUGAACGAAGCAGAAGUUAUCACCUUAUUCACCCCCUUCGUACCUCAUCCGCCAUCGACGACACUGGCGAAAGACAUGGAUCCUUUCGAGCCUCUCGGUCGCACUAUACCAAGACAAGUACGACACGUCCCAUACCGUCUGGACGCUGGUAUGACAGAGAUGCACGCCGAUUUUCUGCCCACCAGCGGAGCAGUCGUUAUCGUUAUAUGCGCCACCGCGAAUGUCAUCAGCAAUCAUGCUCAGGCUUUUGAACGGCAGCUCAAAUUUGGGCGAGGCAUUUCGAAGAAGAUCGCAAAGAGCGACGCUAUACCUGGGCUUCCAAUGAUCCUGAUUCUCAUCGACGAUGGAGCUACGGGCCAAGCCUAUGUCAAUGCGGCAUACGACUUCCCAGCCCUUGUCACUAUCAACGACUACACUACCGCAGCACUUGUGAGUGCAGUACAUGUCCUAUUUGGCAACUGA